CUUCGAAGCGGGGGGAGAAGAGUGCGUCUAUUUUGGGAGGGGUGAUGCUCUUCUUGCACCAGUAGGGUCCAGCAGAACUACACGUCGGAUAUCAUCUCACGCAUCAUCUCACGAACAACAUGAAGGGUAUGCAUCAUCUCCGUCUCCAACACCUCGCGCGCCAAAUGAAAGAUCAAGAUCAAUGCAAUCUUCUGUUGCACCAUCAUCUUCCUCUUCAAAACGACGCAGUGGGAAUCGCCAUAAUAGUACGUCUAGAGCAUCACCGAAGCCGAAGAAGGACAGUUGCACCUUGUUAGACGAGAUGGAUCGGACGGGAACCAUCGAUGUGCUGAGAGAAAGAGGCGACGAUCGGUAUUAUCUCGAGCGCAUUGGAACCGAGGUCUCUGUUUUAGUUAAGGUUUCCGCUAAUCCAUCUGAGACAAGGAGGAAACCCGCACCUCCCUCCAACUUUGCAGUGAUGGAUUAGGAGUAGGAGCUCUAAUUUAGCGAGCCAACUCAUCUUGCUGCUGCACUGUUGCAUUGUGAUGAAAGAAGUGUUGAACCUGUGCCCGACUGACACCGCCGCGGAAAGAGCUGAGCGAGAGCUUCGUGCUGUGGGGAGGAAUGGUAUUUUCUAGUGCAGGGUCAGCUCUUAGUCUUUGAUUAAUCGCCGUCUACUAGUCCACACACAUUAUUGAUGAUCAUUUACAUGGCACGAAUGGUGUGUAAGAGUGGCUGCUCGAUGAAAGAACAGUAGUUUAGCUUUAAAUCGUGAUGAGCUCAUUCUUUGCACUGGAAAUAAUCAAGUUCAAGUUGGAGUAGAACUGGCAGGAGUUGAGACUAAAAUUACUGAGUCACAACCUGAAGAAGUGCUUGAGAUUUUCCACGCUUUAUUUACAAACAAAAAAACACGAACCACAUGCACCCAUCAUUACCAGAACUGCGGAGUUGGUUCGGUCCACUUUUCUCGCAGGGUUCCGAAAUGCCACAGAGUACCGUAAGUGACGGGGUCCGAGGAGUUAGUAGUAGUAGUUGCGGCUACAACGGAUCCCCUAGUGGAGGUGUUGGUGAGCAGCAAGUAUCAAGUAGUUCCUGGUCCAGUGGCGACGACCGGUCGUCCUUCGCCUGCAGUUGCAGUGAACAAGGCACAUACUUCGGGUCAAUAUCGUCUGCGAUUCUCAGCAAUCCAAUCCCCGGUCCCUGGUCAGCAAGUAGUGGGAGAAAUCCUCUUCAUGCCUUGGGAGCGUCAGCGUUUGCCUCAACGGAGGACAGAAGUCAGGUAGACAGCUUGCGCGCAUUCAAUCGAGGCAGAAGCUUGCUGAGUAGAACGAUUCCUGGGACUUUUCCCUCUACUUGGGCACGAAAACGAAAUCAUCAAGAGGCCCCAGCCGCUGCUGUGGCAGAUCCUAUGAUAGCCAGUGCCUCAGAAGAGCCUAGUGGAGGUCCGCUAGCACACUCAUCUUCGAACGACAACGGCAACAAAAAGUGGAUGCGGACGAGUCAAAACUUUUUUAGUUAUGACCACGUGGCGCCACGUUCUUUGUCCCGGUAUAGGCUCGGUCCGUGCUGGACGCACGAUGAGAGGCAACAGCAACGAUUUGGAUGUCCGCCACUGACCUGUCAUGUGACGGAAGUGAUGGAGGGGGUGGGCGCCAAUGAUUCUUGUGGUGCUAGUGCGAAAGCUCAGGGGAGUUGUACUACAACUCCUUCCUCUAGUAUUUUUAGUGGUGGCUCAGAACAGGAUGCAAGACCAGCAGGCGUUUCACGAACAACCUGCGAUAAUUCAUCUGCUGCAGACCAAUCUUCCACUAUUUUUAAGGGUCGGUUAAAGGUGUUCCUGUUACCGUUCGUCUUGCCUUUCUGAAAGGGGAACAAAGGCAUAACGAACGGGGUAAUAAACGAACACCAAGAGUCUACCUCUAAUGCUAGCACUCCACUUCGUCUAGCCAAAGUAGAGACGGCUCGAUCUCUCGCAUUGGAACUACUCCAAUCCUUUUGCAGUGGUUCCAAAUCUUUGACCCUAGGUGUAGUUUGGACUAUCGCUGUAGGCGUUCACUGUUUGACCGUCUUCCUCCUCCGAAACACGGUCCAGCAUUUUGCGCUUUAUGCAGCAAUAGACCUCUUAUACCGACAAGGACGUCUAUUGAAGCAAAUACGACGGCGUAGAUGGCAACGUGAGGAAGCGAAAGCUCGAGGGUUGAAGAUGGAUGAAAGGAGAGGAAGAAGUGCACGUGGAGGCUCCUCUGUACAACUAGGAGAUGUAACCGACGUUACAGCAGGCUCAUCCGUUGGAGCAUCUUCAAGUGAGUCCUCAGCCUCUUCUUCAGAGGAGUCCGAUGUUGAGAAAGAUUUCGGUAGCGGAAGAAGUUCCGCGUCAACCAGUAGUUCCAGUGUCGAGGAGGAUCCCCAUGAAGACAACAUGACGAGGUCGAGGGGUAAACGGUCAUCGAAGAUAUCCGCUUCCGAUCGUCUUGAUUCUCCUGAACUAGCUGACCAGGAACCACAAUCCGACGAAGAUGAAGACGAUUUUCCCGAACGACUGCUCUCGGUCGAUAGUAUCGAUGAAUUCCUAGCUCGGUGGGAAUGCGGAGAUAUAGCUCGUUGGCAGAAGAAACUACUUUUGCAACAAGCUUCUAUUAAUAAGACUGGAGGUUCUACUAAAGAAGGUCAAGAUCUUGGAAGAGGAAGUAAAGCUCCUGGCUCUAGAUCGCAGCUAGAACAGUUGAGAGAAGAAACCUCGCCAUCAAAGUCGAGACGACAUCGAAACGGUGCUAAGUAUCUUCGAAAAAAAGACGAUCGCGGGCUUUUGGCGCGACAUGACCUGUCUUGUAGAACACCGAAGUCAAAGAAGGCGGGCGCAGAAGACGAGGGACGAGGCCUCGGAGAGAGGCUUUUCUCACUUGGUAACAUUUUGAUUCUUAAAAGUUUGUUUCCGAUUCCAUGCACCUGCGUUCUUGUUCCCCAUGAAAUGUUCGAGUAAAAGGUAUUAUUUAUUCACACCCAACAUUUUUAUUUUCUGUCAUGACAACAUACUCUCAGGUGGAAAAAGGGUAUCAGCAGCUCCAGGAACAAGGGAAGAUGCUCCUGGAAAAUUUUGCAGAAGUAAAUCAGCAUUGCGAAGGAACCUAGAGCGGCAGACGGUGGAGAAAGUAAGAGCCUUAGUUGAUCAAACUCUGUGGUAUCCUCCAUACGAAAUGAGGUCCAUGGAUUUAGAAGGGGUAGGAGAAGGUCCUCAAGCAGGGGACAGCAGUACAACUAGGGAUCCUGGAGAAGAAGUUCCCCCUUCCUCUUCGGUGUUCAUAACUACACCAGCUGCAACAUCCUCUUCUUCUAGCCGUGCUGCAUCAAGGAGUAGAAUCCCUGCAACAACGAGUUCAACGUCUUCUGCUUCACAUCAGGCACAGGGGGAUGAAUCUCA